AUGGUCGAGAAGGUUAUACAGCUGAAAUGUUACUGCAACCAGUACCCCUGGGGCAGACAGGGCUCAGAUUCGCUCGCCGCCAAACUAUGCUCCAAAACCCCAGGCACCGACUUCAAGAUUGACGAGAACAGCCCAUACGCUGAGAUGUGGAUGGGAACAUAUCCCGAGCUACCGUCGUAUGUGCUCGAGAGUGGCGAAGACCUACAAGAUGUAUUGGAUAAGAACGCCGACGAACUCAUCGGCAAGAACACCAUCACCAAGUUUAACCACACUAAGAUCCCUUACCUUCCAAAGGUGCUGUCGAUAGCAAAGGCUCUUCCCCUGCAGCUACAUCCUAACAAAGAGCUUGCCUCUCAACUUCACAGCCGCGACCCUGAACAGUUCACGGACCCAAACCACAAGCCGGAAAUCGCACUUGCUCUAUCAGACUUCGAAGCCUUUUGCGGCUUCAAGCCUCUCAAAGACAUCCAGAGGCUAAUGGAGUUGCCUCCCCUCCAACCUUUUCUUCCCUCCGUCAAGAAGCCCGACUUUGACGACCAAUCCUUAAAGCACGUGGUGAAGACCAUGCUCACAGCCUCCGACGAAGCUAUCAAGAAGACCAACGACGCUCUUCUGCAACUUCCCAAAGAGCAGUUCGGCGCGGACUCCUACAUCCCGGAGCUAAUACCCCGUCUGUCCAAGCAGUACGACAAGACAGACAACGGCACAGUCGUGGCCCUCAUCACAAUGAACUACCUCAGGCUCAAGAAGGGCGACAGCAUCUACAUUCCCGCCGACGGCAUCCACGCUUACCUGUCCGGCGACAUCAUUGAGUGCAUGGCGCGCUCUAACAACGUCCUCAACACCGGAUUCUGCCCACGCGCUGAUCGCAACUCGAUCGAUAUGUUCACCUCUUGCCUCACUUUCACGCCGCAUUCGCCGGACGAGUGCAUGCUUCCUCCGAAGACGUCCGAGAAGUCGAAGAAUGGCAAGACGCAGGUAUAUGCGCCGCCGUUGAGCGAGUUUAGCGUGCUGUCUACAGAGUUGAAAGAUGGCGAGGAGGAGACGGUUGAUGCGAUCGGUGGGCCGUCUAUUUUUAUCGUGACUAGUGGUGAGGGCUCGUUCAAGGCGGAUGGGAAGGAGCAUAAGCUUAGUGAGGGGUAUAUCUUCUUCGUUGGACAGGAUGUAGAUAUGGAAUUCAGGGCUACGAAGGGGUUGCAGAUCUACACUGCUUAUGUAGAGUAG